AUGUCCUCCUCUACACCCACUCGAAGCCCAACUAUUGCCUAUCCUAGACAACCCAUCCGCCGCCCGCCUUCGUACGUCCGCCCUCCGCGUCCGGCUCGUAUCCAUCCUCGCUCUGCACACGACCCGCCCGCUAGCAGCACGCACCUCUGUUUGACCAACUAUCCCCCCUACCUGAGACUCAUGCCCGCUGCUCUCCCAUCAGCCCAUACUUACAUGAACAGUUAUUUCAUCAAACACAGGGAAGAUCUCGCGAAACAACAUCUGCGCCGAGCUUCACGCCGAUCAAACCCAUCCCAGCGCAACUACGGCAGUCAACUUCUAAAGCCUAUUCAUGUCUUGAAACUCCCUCUCUACCAAGCUUUCCUACCGCCCGCAUUAGUCCGAAUCCUUCAGACCGCCAGGCGAGAUACCUUCGCGCCCACCAAGCUCGACGGCCGGCCGACGCGCAAAGGGGACAAAACGUCUAGCCUGAGCACGACCUGCGCGCAAACCUUCCCAGACCGUUUCCUUGCCGCUCAUCCGUCCCAUUCUCGCCGCGACCCGACGCUUAUCAUUCGUCAGGAAGAGGAAAGAGCAAGCAACAGUUUGCAGAUCGUGUUUUUAACCUGGCAUGGGAUGGCCCCCGCCCGAGUCGAGGUCGACUCCGACACCGCUGCACCCUGCCCGUUGCAACCCUGCUGA